GGUUUUUUCCAGUCCUAUGCAGUGGAAGUAGAUGUAAAGGAUGCCUCUAAUGCUACGUGCCUGUAUGCACAAUGGAUGAUGAAAUUCUCGAUAAAAUAUGAAACAAACAGUAGUGAUUAUAAAAAUGCAACCUUGAAUUUGUCAUCCAGUGUGACACACAAUGGAAGCGUCUGUGGCAAUGACACACAAGCUGCACUUCUGGCAGUACAGUUUGGAGAAGGUCACUCUUGGAGCAUUAACUUUACAAAAAACAAUGAAACUUACCAGGGGGACUUCAUCACAUUUACUUACAACACCAAUGAUACUGCUGUAUUUCCUGAUGCUAAAAGAAAAGGACCAAUUACUAUUGUUGUAAAGGGUACUAUGCAUCCGGUUCAACUGAACAACGUCUUCGUGUGUCAUAGUACUGCUUCUUUUGAAGCAGAAAACGUAACACAGAUUUUCUGGAAUGUUACUGUGCAGGCUUUUGUUCAGAAUGGCACAAUCAGUAAAAAAGAGUCUAGAUGUCGUGCUGAUACUCCUACUUCUGCACCUACUGUUCCGCCUACUAUUGCCAAUGUAACUACUGCAUCUACCACCACUUUAUCACCUGCUCCAACAACCGCUCCCAAACCUGUGGAGAAUCCAGACACAGGAAACUAUUCUCUUAAAAGUGGAAAUAAAACUUGUCUUCUGGCUACUGUGGGGCUGCAGCUGAAUGUUUCCCAAGACAAGCCUCUUCUGAUCAACGUCAAUCCAAAGACAACUAUCGCAGAUGGUACAUGUGGUAAUACAACAGCUACUUUGAAAUUGAAUGAUGGAAAUAGCACAUUGAUUGGUUUCACAUUUGUUGUUAAAAAUACAAGUGCAGGCGUACAAAAAUUUUAUCUGAAAGAGGUGAAUGUUACGCUGCUCAACCGUCUGAAUGGUUCUGUCAUUUCGAGUGCAGAUAACAACAAUUUCAGCAAGUGGGAUGCUUACCUUGGUAGUUCUUAUAUGUGCCGAAAAGAGCAAACUCUUGAGGUUAACGAAGAUCUCCAAAUACAUACUUUUAAUCUAUGGAUUCAGCCGUUCCUCGUGAAGGAAAAUAAGUUCUCUACAGCCCAGGAGUGUUCGCUGGAUGAUGACAGCAUUCUAAUCCCAAUUGUAGUUGGUGCUGCACUUGCUGGCUUGAUUGCCAUUAUAGUGGUUGCUUACAUAAUUGGCAGAAGAAAAAGCUAUGCUGGAUAUCAAACUUUGUGAAUCUAAAUGUGAUUCCUGUUCUGAUUUCACUCUAAACAAAGCAAGUGCAAGUUCUGAAGUCCAAAAAAGACCCAAAACUUAGGAGUAAUUACUAGCCACAGCUAAUUGGAGUUGAGAAACAGAGAGAGAAUGUUUAUCUCAGAUGAAGCAGAACUACGUUUUUAGUUUUCCUGCUCUAAGAAGACGACGUGGGUUUCAUAGCUGUUUUGAAGAUGUCAAAUAUUGGAUGAAUUGCUAGCCUAAGGAUUUUAUCUUGCAAAACCCCUAAAGUGUUUAGGAUUUAUUUCUGCUUUUUACAAGUUGUAGCCUGAAACAAGAACACAUUCUAAACUGAUGUGCAUUGGGCAACUCCCAGAAUAACAUAGAAUUUGUACUUGCUUCUCUCCUCUGCGUUCUGUAGUCGUCAUAAUUGUGGGUUAAGCUGGCAGCAUUAGUCACUAUGUUGACUCGUAUAGUAUUUAACAAGGAUUGUACGAUGC